ACAUUCAAGAAUUCAAUAGAUAAAAUGGCCUUACCAAGAUACGGAUUCCCACUUGUCAAGACCUACUGGCCAUACUUUGCCGGUGCUGGUAUAACUUACUUUUUGAUCUACAAGGCAUCCCAAGCUUCCAUGAACUCUGCUGAAUUUAUUAAUGAUCCAAGACACCCAAGAUUUGCUUCCGGUGCUAAAGUCAUUGAUUUAGAAAACAAGGAUUAAGUUGAAUAAAACGUUCUAAUCUUCAAAGUUUGUUUAUAAUACAGAUACAUACAAUAUACAAAAAA